CGCAUACAAUACAGAUUGCGCCUCGUACCUUUCCAUACCCCACGCGUCGAAUAUCCCCUUCUUUUACGGACUCUAUCGCUUACUUCAUAUUUUCGAUUUUUUUCUUUUCUUUUUUUUUCAGAAUCAUACAUAAUAAUCCAGAGGGGAACCGCAGAAAUGGUCGCGUUUGACAAGUGCGAGACGAGACCGGGCCAUAUCGACGCCAUUCUCAACGGCCUCGACAGAUAUAACCCGGAGACGACGACGGUGUUCCAGGACUAUGUUGCUCAGCAGUGCGAGGAUCGGACGUUUGAUUGCUAUGCCAAUCUGGCGUUAUUGAAGCUCUACCAAUUCAACCCUCACCUCCUCCAACAAGAAACAGUAACCAACAUCCUCGCCAAAGCCCUCACCGUCUUCCCCUCCCCGGCCUUCUCCCUCUGCCUCGCCCUCCUCCCCGCCUACACGCAACCCUUCCCUUCCACAUCUUCGACUCCCGCCGCCCCGACGGAAUCCCAACACUCGGACUUCGUCGAGUCCGUCCAGAAACUCGCCCAACUCUCCACCCUCCUCGAGUCGGCUCAAUACACCCAGUUCUGGUCCACCUUCAACUCAGAUGACCUGUAUGCCGAUCUAGUCGCCGACGUCGCAGGGUUCGAGGAGCUCGUCCGCAUCCGCAUCGCCGUCGAGGUGGGUAAGGCCUUCCGUGAGAUCUCCGCUGAGGUCCUGGAGCAGUGGCUUGAUUUGAGGAGUCGGGAGGCACUGGAGAAGUUCGUUACCGACGUGUGUGGGUGGGUUGUUGAGAAGGAGAAGGCUGUCGUGCGGGUUCCGGCUAAUAAGGAGAAUGAGACGCGUAGUGAAGUGAAGAGUGAGCAUGUUGGGAUUGAGCAGUUUGGGAGAGUUAUUCGGAGGGGGUUUGAGCAGGCUGCUUGAUUUCUUUUCUUUCAUUCUUUUUAUUGACGCUCAUGCUCAUGCUGAUAAGACAUGCUUUCUAUGGUGUAAAAAAAAUUCGUGUCUUCAAAGGUUCACAGUGAUAUCAUGUAUGUUGAGUUCAUAUUCGGGAACAGAACUAUUGUGGCUGGCGCUUUGGCGUUUGCAGUUUACAAAACAGGGACGAGAACCUGAU